AUGGGUAAAGAUGUUAAAGUUGAAGGAUCUCCGGGAAGUUCCAUGCAUGGAGUCACCGCCCAUGAAUCGACCCUUGCAUUUGCAACUACAUCGGAGGUUCCACGCGACACUACAACCAAGUUUGCCCUUCCGGUGGAUUCCGAGCACAAGGCUACGGUUUUCAGGAUAUAUUCGUUAGCGAAACCUCACAUGAGGACGUUCCAUCUGUCGUGGAUAUCGUUCUGCACUUGCUUCGUGUCGACCUUUGCGGCGGCCCCAUUGGUUCCCAUUAUCCGGGAGAAUCUAAACCUGAAGAAAGGGGACAUAGGAAAUGCGGGUGUGGCUUCAGUGUCGGGAAGCAUCUUCUCAAGGCUAGCGAUGGGUGCAAUAUGCGACCUCUUGGGGCCACGUUACGGUUGUGCGUUCCUCCUCAUGUUGUCGGCCCCAACGGUGUUUUGCAUGCCGCUAGUCUCGUCUGCAGCCGGGUACAUCACCGUUAGGUUCAUGAUCGGGUUCUGUCUAGCCACGUUCGUGUCGUGCCAGUACUGGAUGAGCACGAUGUUUAACAGCCAGAUCAUCGGUCUUGUGAACGGAACAGCCGCUGGGUGGGGGAACAUGGGAGGCGGGAUCACUCAACUCUUGAUGCCCAUCCUUUAUGAGAUCAUCAGGAAGUGCGGCUCAAGCCCUUUCAUGGCAUGGAGGAUUGCAUUCUUUAUCCCCGGAUGGCUUCAUAUUAUCAUGGGGAUUCUAGUCUUGACCCUCGGUCAGGACUUGCCCGAUGGUAACUUGAAAGAAGUGCAGGAUAAAGGAACUGUUGCCAAAGACAAAUUUAGCAAGGUGUUAUGGUAUGCUGUAACAAACUAUAGAACUUGGAUCUUUGUUCUACUCUACGGCUACUCCAUGGGUGUUGAAUUAUCAACUGACAAUGUUAUUGCCGAAUAUUUUUACGACAGGUUUGAUUUGAAUCUCCACACAGCCGGAAUCAUCGCUGCCACAUUUGGCAUGGCGAAUCUGUUGGCCCGACCCUUUGGAGGUUUCUCUUCUGACUUCAUGGCCCGUCAUUUCGGCAUGAGAGGUCGUCUUUGGACCUUAUGGAUUCUCCAAACUCUUGGUGGAGUUUUUUGCAUCCUGUUGGGCAAAUCAGACUCCUUACCCCUCGCUAUCACCAUGAUGAUCCUCUUCUCCGUUGGAGCACAAGCAGCAUGCGGUGCCACUUUUGGCAUUGUUCCCUUCAUCUCCCGUCGUUCACUUGGCGUGAUUUCUGGUAUGACUGGUGCCGGAGGGAAUUUUGGAUCGGGUUUAACCCAACUACUUUUCUUCACUAGCACCAAGUACUCAACUAGCACUGGAUUGGUUUACAUGGGGAUAAUGAUUGUGUGUUGCACGCUGCCGGUGACAUUGGUGCAUUUUCCUCAAUGGGGAAGCAUGUUUCUACCACGUAGCAAGGAUGUCACCAAGUAUAAUGAGGAACGCUAUUAUGAGGCAGAAUACAAUGAGGAUGAGAAGUCUGUUGGCAUGCACCACGGAAGCAUGAAGUUUGCCACAAGCAGUAAAACCGAGCAGGGACGUUUGUUCAAUCGUUCGGCUCCGACCAGGACUCCACCUAAUGCAGCUUAA